UCUCUUCUCUUUUCUACGUUCUUUUUUCUUGAUUUUUUGUUUAAUUUUAUUUAUUUAUUGCUGUUUCUGGGUUUGAUUACUAUGUUUUUUGGCACCUGUUGUUGUGUGUAACCAACUUGAUUAAUGUUUUUGUUUCCGUUUAUGCACUUUCAUGACUAAUGAUGAUAAUUCUUUUGAGUUUAUCCAUGGGUUGAUCUCUUUCUGCAAAUAUGGAAAUUUGAAUAGGUUGUAAUUUGUUACUAGUCAAGAAAUCAACAAAACCAUCACAAACCCACUUCACCAAUUUCCUAAAUUUGCUUUCUCUGCAACCAAACAAAGAAAGUUGCAUGUGAUCACUCAACGAACCAACAAAAUUAUCGCAAAUCCAGUUCAUACAUUCAUCAGAUUUGCCAAUUUUGCAUUGAUUUCAAGUUGAAGAAAAAUGGGAGGUGGAAAGGACAGGCCGGACGAGGAAUCUAGUGACAAAGGGCUGUUUUCAAAUCUUGCAGGAUUUGCUGCUGGACACUACCGUCCCCCACAUGGUGCAUACCAUUCUCAAGGUUAUCCACCAUCUGCAUAUCCUCCUCCAGGUGGAUACCCACCAUCUGGAUAUCCUCCUCCGGGCGGAUACCCACCAUCUGGAUAUCCUCCUCCGGGCGGAUACCCACCAGCGGGAUAUCCUCCUCCAGGUGGAUACCCCCCUGCACCAUAUCCUCCCCCUGGUGGAUACCCGCCAUCUGGUUAUCCUGGUCCUUCAGCACCACCAUAUCAUUCAGGGCAUGGAUCCAACACAGGAGCAUUGCUGGCUGGGGGUGCUGCUGCAGCAGCUGCUGUUUACGGGGCUCACCAGCUCUCACACGGUGCUCACCAUCUUGGCCAUGGAGGUUACUAUGGCCAUGGCUUUGGCCAUCACGGGAAGUUCAAGCACGGAAAGUUCAAGCAUGGCAAGUUUGGAAAGCGCUGGAAACAUGGAAUGUAUGGAAAGCAUAAGGGGGGUUUCUUCAAGAGAUGGAAAUGAUUCAUCCGGUUCCCUAGUGUGUUUGGCUUUUCUACCAUCUUUACUUCCUGGUUUAUUUGGCUUUCUACUAUUACCAAUAUGACUUGGACUACCUGUUCUUUAAUUUGAUUAGGGUUUUUAGCGCUUGUACACUUAACCCAGCUACUACUAGCUAGCCUUUUGUACAAAUGAUCUUUUGGUGGUGCAUGAUGGGAAUCAUAUUAGUUUUCCAA